AUGUCAAUAAACACAGCAAAUACCCCAGAUGGACGUGGUGUCCUGAUCUAUAAUGGAGAGGUUAUACUCGUUUUCGCUAGGAGUGUUGUAAUGACGAUAGGGAAAAAUGAGAAUCAGAAUUUGGAAGGGAAAUUUAAUGGCGUGUUAUACUUAACAUCACAUCGAGUAAUCUUCAUGCCUGAUGAGCUACAAGUUUUUCGUUCUUUUGAGAUGCCAUUCUCAUCUAUGCAAGACGUGCAUUUGGAACAACCAAUAUUUGGUGCAAACUAUCUAAGAGGAAUAGCUGUUGCUAUACCUGGGUCACAACUCUACGGUGAGGUCCCAUGGCGUCUUACGUUUAAUAAAGGAGGAUGUAUUGAUUUUGGUCGUACUUUGUUAGAAGCUGUCGACAGAGCUAGCAGAUUCCGUCCAAACAAUGCUCCUCCGCCAUAUGCCCCACCCCGA